UUCUCACCACGCGCGAUGCUUACCCACCCGCGCGUACCCACGCCUGUUGCCUCUGGCGUCCUCCACGUCCGCGAUCUCUCCUUCCUCCGCCCCCGCAAGGGCGACGGCGAGGCGGAUGGGAUGACCGAGGAACAGGAGGAGGAGAAGUACUUCGAGUGGCGGAGCUCCCUGGUCGAGAAGCUCGAAGGCAUCGAGCUCAACCUGGAGGGAGUCAAGUUCAGGAUGACAGUCGAGAUCCCGCCGUCCGAUGACUUCAAGGUGAUGAAGAAGUCGUGGGAGGAUUUCUACUCCUCCGAGCUACUCAAUAGCAGGAACCCGGUGAGGAAGAUAGCGAAAAGGCCGGACACAAUUGUUGUCUGUGGUGUGCAGUCCAGGUGGUUUGCGGAUACAAGAGUAUCAUCCAAGCCAUCUACACUGGUCACGCACACAAUUUUCUCAGCACCAGAUCAUAGGUUUUUACAUUGGACUUUUGGAAGAGUGGACAGAAAGCAGGGUCUCCCUUCAGGUGUUGAUUUUAGUAAUAUUUACAUUCUGAGUUCGGGCCCAUCCUAAGCUUUGAUCAAGUGGUUCAGGAGGCGGAGAAGCGUUGGUUCAGCUGCCCAGCUUGCCCGCGAACAUGGUCGAGAUGGCCAAGAGCGUUGGGAUUCAGAAGUUGCUGCUGCUCAGAUACCUGGAACUGCAGGUGUCAGCCUGGCCCCUAGGUCCUGCCAUUAGGCCCUGCACGCUUCUCCGGAACAGGAUGCUGAUUGAUCCUGACAGAGGUAGGUUCAGCUAUUUGUUUUCACCAGUAUUGUGCAUUGAUAUUGAUGAUUGUUUGUCUGUAUGGUUUUGUUCAUGUGUCCCGUGGGAUAUGUCAGAUAGUUAUCUGUUAUCGAUACGUGUUGUGCGAUAUUUGCACAGGUUCAUAAGAGGAGUUUUGGUCAGAGUUCGAGUUGUAUGCAGCGGAUAUGUUGGUAGGAGUAGUUACUAAUGUAGCUUUAGUUGGCAUGUUGGCACCAUACGUUCGAUUCAGUGGUGGAUCUGGAUCAGAAGGUCUCCUUGGCCGUGUAAGGAUUAUACAUGGUGCAUCUAUUAUUGGAUCUUGGGUAAAAAUUUUCUUUAAUCAUGGUUGCUUGCAGUUUAAAUGUGAUCGCUUUAUCGAAUUACAGAAGCUUAAGAUAUUAUUUCAUUCUCAAAUAGACCACCUUGUCAUCAGCUUUAUCGGAUUACAGAAGCACGAGGGUUUGUUAUUUUCCUUCAUGUAAUAUUUCUUUAUUUUUCUUUGCAUAUGCUCUGGUACCCAAAAGUGUAAUUGCGGACUGUUAACACAUCAUUGCCACUAAAGGAUUCAUUUUCAA